UCACUAACUUUCCUUUAGGCAACGGCCACACUGUCUGGCCACCAAAAUCCCAAACUUAAUUAAAGAAUUAAAUAAUUCGAAUAAUAAUUAAGCCCAGUAACCUACGCAGCUUGAGUGCGUAACCGAUAUCUAGUAUACAUUUCGAUACAUCGAAAUCAUGGUAGUGUUGGAGACGGAGAAGGUAAGGCGAGAAACGGCGAGCCGCAUGGUUUCGAUUUCGGCUGAGCCGUGGCAGGAACAACAAAAACAGGGCAAUCUGUGUUUUUAUGUCAGAUACGUGCGCGUGUGUGUGUGUGCUGUAAUUCCAUCGCCCCUUUCGAUUCCGAGUUCGUUAGGAACAGCAUUAGUUCGCCUAUUUUAGUAGUAGCCUAGUCCGAUUUUAAGUGAAACAGGAUACUCCAACACCAUAUACUCAAUAAUUAGUUACAACACCCACUCAACCAUACAGCAACAACAAGUUUAACGAGUUUUUUGUAUUAUCAUUACUUAGUUUUUUGGUUAAUAAUACACAAGUGAAGAGCGAACUGCAGGGGAGCGAGAUAUCACGAAACAAUCCAAAAUCCACACACACUCAAACAGAAAUCAAAAGCUUCGCUCUCUCGCACACACACGCACCAACCAACUAUCAACUAUCACAAACACCGCGACAGAGAGAGAGCGGCAAGUGAAUCACGGCGAAUCGAAACCGAUCCGAACCCACUCCGGAGCCGAAAAAGAACUGAUCCUACCAUCAAACGCAUCCAAUAAACACGGCCGCCAACAUGCAGAGCGACUUUCACAGAAUGAAGAACUUUGCCAAUCCCAAGUCCAUGUUCAAAACCAGCGCCCCCAGCACCGAGCAGGGUCGUCCGGAACCACCAACUUCGGCUGCAGCGCCCGCCGAGGCUAAGGAUGUCAAGCCCAAGGAGGACCCACAGGAGACUGGUGAACCAGCAGGCAACACUGCAACCACUACUGCUCCUGCCGGCGACGAUGCUGUGCGCACCGAGCAUUUAUACAAACACCCGCUCAUGAAUGUCUGGACGCUGUGGUACCUUGAAAACGAUCGGUCCAAGUCCUGGGAGGACAUGCAAAACGAGAUCACCAGCUUCGAUACCGUCGAGGACUUCUGGAGCCUAUACAACCACAUCAAGCCCCCAUCAGAGAUCAAGCUGGGUAGUGACUACUCGCUAUUCAAGAAGAACAUUCGUCCCAUGUGGGAGGAUGCAGCCAACAAACAGGGCGGUCGUUGGGUCAUUACCCUUAACAAAAGCUCCAAGACCGAUCUGGAUAACCUAUGGCUCGAUGUGCUGCUCUGCCUGAUUGGUGAGGCCUUCGAUCACUCUGAUCAGAUCUGCGGCGCUGUUAUAAACAUUCGCGGCAAGAGCAACAAGAUAUCCAUCUGGACUGCCGACGGAAACAACGAGGAAGCUGCCCUUGAGAUUGGUCACAAGCUGCGCGAUGCCCUGCGUCUGGGACGCAACAACUCGCUGCAGUAUCAGUUGCACAAGGACACGAUGGUCAAGCAGGGCUCCAACGUGAAAUCGAUCUACACUUUGUAGGCGGCUAAUAACUGGCCGCUCCUUAUUCGGUCCGAUCCCACACUGAUUAUUUUGUCUUUCAUUUAUUUAUCGUUAUAAGCAACAGUAGCGAUUAAUCGUGACUAUUGUCUAAGACCCGCGUAACGAAACCGAAACGGAACCCCCUUUGUUAUCAAAAAUCGGCAUAAUAUAAAAUCUAUCCGCUUUUUGUAGUCACUGUCAAUAAUGGAUUAGACGGAAAAGUAUAUUAAUAAAAACCUACAUUAAAACCGG